AUGCUCGCGUCUCUCUUUGCAAUUGGCCUGGCGCCAUUGCUUGCAACGGCUCAACUCUCAGGCUCCGUGGGCCCAACAACUUCUUACGCGUCCAAGGCAGACAACAAGAUCUGCAGCGUCCUCGACUAUGGUGGUGUCGCCGAUAACUCCACCGACGUCGGACCGGCCAUCAGCUCUGCCUGGGACGAGUGCAAGGACGGUGGCGUCGUCUACAUCCCAUCCGGCGACUAUGCGCUCGACAGCUGGGUCACCCUCACCGGAGGCAGUAGCUGUGCUAUCAACAUUGAUGGAAUCAUAUACCGAACCGGUACUGAUGGUGGGAACAUGAUUUACAUUGAGCACACAACCGAUUUCGAGUUGCUCAGUUCUACUUCGGAAGGUGCAGUCCAAGGCUUUGGCUACGUCUACCAUGCGGAUGGCAGCGUUUCUGGACCUCGUAUUCUGCGACUGUAUGAGGUUGUCGACUUCUCGGUUCACGACCUUGCACUUGUUGACUCCCCCUCUUUUCAUUUCUCCAUGGACACCUGUGAGAAUGGCGAGGUUUACAACAUGAUCAUUCGUGGAGGUAAUGAGGGUGGCUUGGAUGGUAUUGAUGUCUGGUCUACCAAUAUCUGGGUUCAUGAUGUCGAGGUUACCAACAAGGACGAGUGUGUCACUGUCAAGAGCCCUGCCCAGAAUAUCUUGGUGGAAAGUAUUUACUGCAACUGGAGCGGUGGCUGUGCCAUGGGCUCUCUGUCUACCGGAGUCAACAUCUCUGACAUUACAUACCGCAACAUCUAUACCUGGUCAUCCAAUCAGAUGUACAUGAUCAAGAGCAAUGGAGGCAAUGGAAGUGUUUCCAACGUUCUUCUUGAGAACUUCAUCGGGCAUGGCAACGCGUACUCCCUGGACGUGGAUCAGGAAUGGAGCAGCAUGAGCACCGUCGAUGGUGAUGGUGUGCAGCUCAACAACAUCACCUUCAGCAACUGGAAGGGAACCGAGGCAGAUGGUGCUGAGCGCGGCCCCAUCAAGGUAAACUGUGCCGACGCCGCACCAUGUACCGAUAUCACCAUCGAAGACUUUGCCAUGUGGACUGAAGAGGGCGAUUACCAGUGGUACUCGUGUGAGAGCGCCUACGGUGAGGGUGCCUGUCUGGAGGAUGGGGAUGACUACACUUCCUACACUACCACUGUGACCGUGACUGCUGCACCGACCGGAUACUCGGCCGCUACAAUGGCUUCAGACCUGACUGCUGCCUUUGGAACUGACUCGCCCAUUCCAAUUCCAGCUAUCCCGACCUCGUUCUACCCCGGUCUUACUCCCUACAGUGCUCUAGCUAGUGCUGCGGCGACUUCUGUUUAUCCAGUUCGCGCUUAG